AUGGCUCCUAGCGCUGGUUAUAAGGAGUUCUUUCCUAACGCUCCUCGCGCCGCCAGAGACAAGGCUAAUGAACGGGAACGCGAGAAGUCCUCGAGGACAUCAGAAGCUAUCGAACAUGAUUCCAAAACGGCAACACCUGCUCACCGCGAUGGCGCCAAGUACGAUUCAUCGUUGUCUGAUGCCGCACAUCCCCCGACAGAUGAUACCGAGUCCUUGCAAGGGGAUAUCCUCAAUGGUGUUGGUUCCGCAAGCUCACAUGCGAGUACCGCAUCCUCUGUCUUUACCACCUUCAAUUCCUCCGCUGCCUUAAAUGCUUCUUCACGCGCAUCCAACAGCAACCUCACUCCUCUUACUAUAUCGGGCUCGCCCACAAAUCCCCCACAUAUACAAGCCGCGAAGCAGCGCACCUCCGCCAUUCACAAUACUACCAGCAGAUCUGAUAGUACGAAUCCCACAAUGGCCACGGGGUCGUCGUCUAGUCUUCCCAGCGCCGUCAAGCGCCUCCCAGCUCGAGAUCCUAACCUUACUAUAAAAGGAACCAAGUGCAUACACGAUCCUUCAACCGACAAGAGCUUGUCUUCGAGCGAUAGGAAAACAUUGAAACCCAAAUACAAGAAUAUCGGCUUGGAAGAUGACGCUCCCCCUCUAGACCCUCGCCUAUCCAAGGGUAGCUGGCUUGACUAUAUCAAUGUCGACUUCCAUCUACCUAAGGCUAGGCUACGCCAAACUCCAUAUAAUCUCAAGCCUUACCCGUAUGAUGCUGCCACCUCCAUUGGCCCUGGGCCGCCAACCCAGAUCGUCGUUAGCGGAUUCAACCCCCUGAUUGCCUUCUCCAAGGUUGUGACCAUUUUCACCUCGUUUGGCGAUAUUGCUGAGAGUAGCAAUAAAAUGCAUCCUCAUACAGGUAGUUAUCUGGGUUUUGCGACCUUUCGAUACCGAGACUCGAAGCAACCAAGACGGCCUCCCAUCUCGGCUAUCGAUGCCGCGAGAAGAGCUGCCAGAGCUAUGAACGGCAGAAAGAUUGAGGCGAACCAUAUAAAGGUAGAGUUUGACCGGGAUGGCAAGAAAAGUAGAUCCAUGCUCGAGACUAUUCUUAAGAAGGAUCAAGUCGAAGCGAAGCGUGCAGCUGCUACGCCGCCUGUACCUACGGGUCCAAGGCUAAUGCCUCCCGAGCUACUCAGCCGAGCGCCUCCUGCUGCCCCGAGAGGUCCUGCUGCCGAUCGACAACGACCCUCAAUAGGAGCAGUAGAGCCCGCCUGGGCACCCCCGACGAAGCCUAAGGCUUAUUCCACGUUGGUCGAUAUGCAACCUAUUCCAGCUACCCUCAAAGGCGAACCAUACGUCUUCGUUCCCGACUCCAGCGUUCCAGUGAUGGUUACAACGAUACCUCAUAUGAAAAAACGCCUGAAGGCGUUCCAAUUCGAGGACAUACGAGCCGACCGCGUUGGUUACUAUAUAAUCUUCCCCAAUACUACACCCCGCGACGAGCGACGUCGCGACGAAGAAGCAGUUUUGGAAGAAGAGAAAAAGCAAAGGGCGAAGAACUUUGAUCCCGUACUUGAGGCUGUUGAAGUUGUCCGUCGUGAGAUGAAGGAGCAUUUAAUCAGACAUAUUAGGACUAAAGUCGCCAUACCUGCCCUAUUUACAUUUCUAGACCCGAACAAUCAUAUUGCUAAAAGGCGAAGAUUGAACCUUGAGAACCCAGCUGGCUCAUCCCGACUUGCUGUCAGCGUCGAAGAGCGCGAUGAAACUCCGAUUAGUACCCCCAAUUCUCGAGCCGACCCGAUCGAACGCCGUACUGCUCGUCUCGAUGUUACAGCUCUGCCCCGUAUUAGGAAAGCUAAAGGUCAAGGUGCUGCCCAGCGGAACUAUGGGUUUACAGACCCGUUUGCGCGCAAGAGAUCUUCUGUGGUACACAAUGCCUUCCGUUCUCUUCACCAUCGGCUGCAACCUCCAGAUAGUGAUGACGAGGCAUCCGAAGAUGAAACCGAGAACCGCGACUCUGUUGCGCGCGAUGUUGAAGAGCCAGAUUCGCGUCCUCGCAGCCGAUUGAGUACAGAGGACGAUGUCUUUGAAGACGGCUUCGGUGACGAAGACUCCAUGACAGAUGCUAGUUUCCCCGUCAACGAUGGACCCACUAGAGCAAAGAAGCGGAAACUCGACUUGCAUAUCGAAGCCGCUAUCAAGCGACAGAAAAAGUCCGACGAAGAGCUUUUUGGUGUUACUAUUGAUACGCUUGAGAGCGAAUUCCCAAGUCCAACUGACGACGUACCUAUGCCCGACGCUGGACGUGACAAUACUAAGAGUCUCAAUGCUACCGAGCUGCUCACACCGACCGAAAAGCCUGUUAAAGGAAGGAAGAAGGUGACUAUAGCAAAACCCAAGAAGAAGACUAAGAAGCAGCUAUUUGAAGAACGUGAGGCCAUGAAGAAGCAACAACAGGAAGCAUAUGUUGAGGAGGCUCUAGAUCAAACAAACAAGGAAGAGACUCAAGAGCCUGAAGAGCAAUCAGAAAAACCAGUCAUGGAAGAAGCAAUAGACAAGCCAGUUCUAAAGGAUGAUCGCUUUUCUGACGCGGUACUCCCAGCAAUGGCCCUUCCAGAACCAUUUACUUUGUCUGUUAAAUCCAUGUCAAAGAUUGAGCUCCAGCCAAAUGAUCACCCUGAUGUUAGCAAGCUAAAGAAAAAAUUCAAGCCUGUUGAUGUCGGCGAUCCCAGACUCUGGGUAUGGAGGCACAGUCGCGUGCGGGAGCUUAACGCUGACGAGCCAUCCCGGGACGAACCCAUUACUAUUGAGGGUUAUUACGUACCAAACCCUACUGGGUGUGCUCGGACGGAAGGCGUGAAGAAGAUACUCAACUCAGAGAAGUCUAAAUAUCUUCCUCAUCACAUCAAGGUCCAAAAGGCAAGGGAAGAGCGACAGCUCCGUGCUGCCAAGAAAGACGGCAAGGACACCGCUGCUGCAGCAGAAGCAGCAAAGCUUGCAGCAGAGAAGUUAUUAGCAAAGGAUUCAAUCAGCUUAAGAAGCGGAAGAAGCCGGUCAAAUUUGCUCGCUCUGCCCAUUCAUAACUGGGGUCUCUACGCGAUGGAAAACAUCAACAAGGAUGACAUGAUCAUCGAGUAUGUCGGCGAGGAAGUUCGACAGUCCAUUUCCGAGAUUCGGGAGAACCGUUAUCUCAAGAGUGGCAUUGGUAGCAGCUACCUCUUCCGUAUCGACGACAGCACAGUCAUCGACGCAACGAAGAAAGGUGGCAUUGCACGUUUCAUCAACCACAGCUGCAUGCCAAAUUGUACAGCCAAGAUUAUCAAGGUGGAGGGUAGUAAGAGAAUUGUCAUCUACGCGUUACGAGACAUUGCUCAGAACGAGGAAUUGACAUACGACUACAAGUUUGAGCGAGAAAUAGGAAGCUUGGAUCGUAUACCCUGCCUCUGCGGAACUGCAGCUUGCAAAGGUUUCCUCAAUUAG